UUGUCUGUGGAGUUAGUCCAAAGAGAGUACUGAUUUUUAUUCUUACUUACGAAUUUUUCAUAUAAUUUUCUAAGUGAUUAGUUUCUUACUAGUGAAUUGUUGUAUUCAAUCAUGGACGACGAUUUACCGACCGAUUUCCAGGUCAUCGUCAUUGGCACAGGUAUGGUGGAAUCAAUAGUGGCCGCCGCCUGUAGCCGAAUAGGCAAGAAUGUUUUACAUCUGGAUUCCAGCGACCACUAUGGGGGUCUGUGGGCUUCCUAUAACUUUGAGGGGCUUCAAAAGUUUUUGAAGGAAGUGAAUGCAGACCCUAAGAGACAACCACAAGUUUAUAAUUUAACUGAAAAGUGGUACAUUGAAAAAGAAUCUCCACAAGAAGAAAUAAAAGAGGGAGAAGAGAACAAGACUGAUGAUAGCAAAGCGGAGGCUAAAAAAGUAUGGAGCCAGGCGACCUUCGCCGCCGAGUAUAGGAAAUUUAACAUUGACAUGACACCAAAGCUUCUGUUCUCCCGCGGCCCUCUUGUCGAGCUGCUGAUAUCCUCGAACAUCGCUCGCUACGCGGAGUUCCGUUGCGUGACCCGCGUGUUGACCUGGCUAGACGACCGCCUUGUGCCCGUCCCGUGCUCUCGCGCCGAUGUCUUCGCCACUGAAGCCGUCAGCAUCAUAGAGAAACGGAUGCUGAUGAAAAUGCUCACCUCCAUUGUCGGAUACAAUGAGGAGGAGAUGAACAACGAAUUUAAAGAUUGGAAUGACAAAACCUUCAAAGAGUACCUCACACACAAAGGUCUCACCCCAAACCUGAUCCACUACGUGCUAUACGCCAUCGCUGGGGGCACCGACGCCAUGCCCUGCUUGGAAGGAGUUAAAGAGUGCAAGAAGUUUCUUAUGAGUCUCGGCCGCUAUGGCAACACGCCCUUCCUUUGGCCUAUGUACGGCAGUGGUGAACUGCCUCAAUGUUUUUGCAGGCUCUGCGCCGUAUUCGGUGGCGUGUACUGCCUGAACCGGCCAAUAGACAAGGUGGAAACGAAGACCGUCGACGAGGGGAAGACCAUGGUAGUCAUUGAAACCAAAAACAAGACUGUCAACUGUGAACACCUCGUGAUCGGCAUCAACGAAUGCCCCAAGGAGUUUAUGUCUUCAGAACCGGCUGAGAGCUCGGACAUCUCUAGGGCUGUGUUCAUAACGAAUGGAACUAUAAUGUCGAGCGAAAAGGAGCCCUUGACCCUGUUGAGGUUCCCUCCACUCAAUGAGGGAGAUAACGCUGUGACGGUGCUCGAAGUUGGGCCGGCAACGGGAUCUUGCCCUAAGGGAUUGUUUGUGGUGUACUUCAUCACGAAGAAGGUGAAAGAUGCCGAGAGCGAUUUAAAGGCGUACGCUGAGAAGGUUUUCGAUAUGUCCGGCGGAGACCAGACCCAGGCCUCUGACAAACCCAAGUGCCUGUGGUCGCUGUUCUACAACGUGGUGGACCGCAGCAGCGCCGUGGCGAGCAACUCCGGCGCCGUGCACGCGUGCGCCGGGCCCGACGCCGGCCUCGACUUCGACCGCGCCGUGCUGCAGGCCGAGCAAAUCUUCAAGCGGAUCUGCCCCGGCGAGGAGUUCCUGCCGCGCGCCCCGGACCCAGAGGAGAUCGUGUUCGAGGAUGACGUCACGCACGGGCCCGAGUUCCGCCGGGAGCAGGGCGACGACGACGGCGACGCCAAGGAGUAGUCGCCGGCGGCUAAUUAGUGUUUCCAAUUAAACAGUGCGUUUGAACGUGCAGGUUUGACAUGCCAGUAUUCUUGAUGUUACAGUAUAAAACUUCUUACGCUGGAAUAUUUGAAUUUAUUUCUAGCAAUUUAACUCCUCAUGACUGGGUCUGGCUUGGUUGUUGUUUAAUCAGAGUUAAUAUGCGAGUUACAAACUGUAUGUUUAAAGUGGUAUAUAGUAUUCGAUAAUUUAUAAGAUUCUUCAUUAAAUUUCUCAUAUCACCAGUAUUAAAUAUGAAUGGUAAAGACAACAGUUUACAUGUAUUGAGAAAAAGCUUUAUACUGCUAAAGAACAGGCGUCAGUUAAAACCUGCAUCCUCCUAGAAAGAAACGUUAAACCGGCUUUUUAUUAUUAUCUAUUACGCUUAAAGCGAUAUCAUGCUCUCCAUUUGCACUGCGAUUGUUUUUCGAGCAACGGUUCCUCUUUCUAGGCCUGGUAAACAUACGAUCAAACGCACUGAAUACAGCUAAGGUGUAAUCUCAGUAAGGUUUAUACGCUUUGGUCGCUUGACUCGUGCAUUCCGACUGGUGCGUGCGGCAUGUAUAGGGACGCCGGUUGUGCAACAUACUCGUAGGAUAGAGAAAUCAUGAAAUUUUACACCUUCCGAGUUUACUUACUUAUAUUGGUUUAUAAAACAUUCAAGUCAGUGUAAGGUUAGCAUUAUCAAUUAUUCUGUGGUAUACGAAGAAAUUGAAUUGAAACAUUUUUCUAUUCAAAUUUAAACUUAGAAAGAUUUUGUUUUUUAUUAAAAUUAGCUAGUGAAGUGAAGCCGUUCCUUUUAAAUGAGAACAUUUGGCAGGUUGAGAAGGUCGAAAGCGGGAAAUGGAGGUUGCUUUGAGAACAAGCUAAGUUAUCUUGUGGAAAAUGGCAAGAUUAAACUCGUAGCGUUGACUAUUUGAGCUUUGAAUUGCACUUGUGAUGUGACGCGAUCCGAUCGAAUUAUUUAUGUAUGGAAAUGUAGGUAAGAACACGCGACUUAAAGUGGCUGUUUCCUGUUCUCGCGAAAUUGUCCUAAGGAUUCAGCUACCGAACUGAGGAUCUUUUGUGUCAUUUAUUUGGUCCAUAGAACUUGAGGAUUUCGAUGUUCAAUGUUAACAAGUUACUAUCAGCAUUCCAUAAUGAAUAAUGUUUGUUUAGUAAUUUCAAGUAUUGUAUUAACAAAAAAAGCCUUGGAAAUAUGUUUUAAAACAUAUUGAUAAGAAUAUGCUCUCUUUAGAGUACACGCAUGGCGAUUGAUAACACGCAAAACCAAAGUAUUAGGUACAGACAACAGCAUAUCAAGAUGUCUAGAUUAAUAAUUAUUUAGUUGGUAACCAAUUGGCAAGAAAUAAUGGCGUGAAAGGCUGGUGGGUAGCCUUAUGUACUGUUGUCUGUAAAAUCGAUUUAUACGAUGAGAAGUAAGCAUGUGCAAUGCUAGAAUUAGUUGGCUAGGAUGCAGUUUUAAAAUGUUAGGUUAACAUUUUGGACGCACCAGUCUAAAGCAUAGAUUGUAGCACUUUUUUUAUUAUUAUUUAAAUUAUGUAGCACUUAAAUAAUAUUUAUUAUUGAUGAAAAUAAUCAUGCCUGUUCAGCUUGUGCAUUUAUAAUUCCAAUAAAUUGUGAUUAUUAGAA